AUGCACAUUCAUCUCUUCCACUUCUCAUCCACGCCCAUCCAUCCAUCGCGUCUUGUUUGUCCUUCUUGUUGUCAUCGUUACUUUUUACCUUUUAUGUGUUCCCAAACUAAUGCAACGAAAGUUCUAGAUUAUGUAAGUUUAUAUUACAUAAUCCAGAAACCUACCGGCGAAGGCGAAAAGAAAUCAAAUCGACUUCAGUUCAAUCAACUUCAGCUCAGCAAAAACACCGCCAGACGAGGAGAUACUCCCCUGCUGAUACUCAUCAUGGAUGUCGAUGCGCCCCUAUUCAACCCUGCGAAGAGACGGAAGUUCAUGCGCCGACGAGCUGACGAUACGAGACCCGAAGACGAAGUGGAAGCGAAGGCAUCAACACCAACUGCGCCUGAUACACCGGCAUCAUCGGCUCCAGAUGGCGUGGAAACAGACGAGAUGGGAGUCGCUGAUAUAUUGCGACUUCGCAAGAACAAGGCCAGGAAAGGCGGCAUCGAGUUCUCGACGUCUCGUUCGUCGCGGAGUGAUGCUCUCGUGCCAGCUGCUGAGACCACGGCCGAAGGCCGGUUAAGUGGUAUAUCAGAUCGGUUUGUUGGACACUCAGGCCAGAAAGUCGACGUUGAUAAGCAUAUCGAUCCUACCAAUCCUGCAGAUGGCCAGAACCAGUCGCGGCAGGCGGCGGAACAUACGUCUGCUGCCGACCUGCAGCUUCCACAGAGACAGCCUGCAACUCUAGGCAAAUUACACGAGAUAGACCUCGGACCAGACUCGAAGCUCCAGAACAUUGCAAGGACAGAGGCUGCCACCAGGAACCUUGCCAAGGGUGAUUCCGCGGCACCCGAAGAUGAGGAAACGGUGAACAAAGGCAAACAAACUCGCAGCGGGAGGAGAAGGCGUAAUAGUGAAGAUAUAAUGCGAGAUCGGCUCGUAGAAGAAGUUUUGCGCGAAAGUAAACUCGAUGUCUAUGAAGAGCCCCAGAGCCACGCAGAUGAGGACGAUCAGGCCGCAGAUGAUCGAAUAGCAGAUCAGUUCCGUAGAGAUUUCCUUGACGCCAUUCACUCGAGAAGACGCGGAGCCCGUACCCGGAACACUAAAACUUCCAAGGCAGACGCACCACGUGGACCGAAACUCGGGGGAAGUCGUAGUGCCAGAGCAGCCAUGCGAGAGCAGCAGAACAAGGCUCAGAAGUAG